CCCCAAUAUGGAUUAGAACCCGAGGGAGCAUAUAGGAAUGAACUAUUUGACAAGUACCAUGGUAUGUAGAUCAGUGCUAUGAGGGAAUCAGGCCGAGUUGAAAUUCACCAGCACUACUUAGCGAGCAUAGCAUGAUUAAAAGCCUUAAAUUUCUUGAAUUGUAGGGUGCCAAGUAACUUUCUCUGAGCUAAACUUCCAUGCAACCCAAUGGAUUGGAUUUCUAUACGUCUCCGAGGAUCCCCAUCAAAAUAUGGCCAUGUGACCAUUCAUCAAUCGAGAAAUUUCCACUGAGAUCUUGAAACAACUCACUACAUGGACUUGGGGAUUGGGUGCCAAAGUUCGGAUAAAAAUACACUGUGCGGCUUUGGAUAAAGUAGUCUGCUUCCAUCCUUGGAGCUUUUUGAGCACUUUCUCAUUGAGGAAAUGAAAGGUAUCCUUCUUGGUGCGAUAAAUGAUUCAAGGAAGCCCAAGAUAACGAUUUACUCCCAUAUAACCUCUAACACGAGUCAAUUUUCCAUAGCUAGGGCUAGCGUGGGGAUCUUAAGGCUAAGUAUAACAACUGAUGUCGCCAAAUUGAUUCUUAGUCAGUAUUCAUAUCCGGAGAGCAUAUGCCCAAUGCUUUCUCACAUUUUCAUUGAUUCAUACUUGUUCUCCAACCUUCUCCCACCUCUUGCUCGACUCUGCUCUCUUUACUUCAAGCCUAUGAAAAUUCGGUAUUUUGUUGUGUUUUGAAUUUUAUAAGAGUUCCCACCAAAAAUGGGGGGUGAAGUUUUAACCCUUCUUUUCCUACGAAACUCUAGGAGCCAAAUUGGACCCAGCCCAACACGCAUUGAAGAAGUGAAAAUCUAUCUCCAUCCUAAAUCUUCGUGCAUGUCCAUUGUCGAAUUCCAAUCCAUGGGUUUGGGCCUCCAGGGCAUAAAGGCUCACGAACUCUGCAGUUUCCACCGGCGCGCGGCGAACAAGCUCACGGUUUCCACUAGGGCCGAUAGGCGACAUCAACUGCUUUCCCGGUUUCCAGCUUCAAACAGUUGGCAGCCGAAUUCGCGCCGGGUCUUCUUUUCUAGGCUAUUAGCAGCAGGUAAUUAGGAAGUGCUUGUUGGAUCAAAAUGCAGCGGAACCGCAACAUAGUCGAACUGCUUGACCGUGGACUCUACAGGGAAGCCAUCUCCCUGCACUCUCUGCUCCACUCCGCCGGGCUUCCCUUCAACGGGUUCACUUUCCCUCCUCUUUUCAAAGCAUGCGCCAGCUUCGAUUCCCCUCUCCAGGGCCAAAUCCUUCACGCCCAGCUCCUCAAAUCCGGCUUGCACCUCCACACCCACUCGGCCACCUCCCUCACCAACAUGUACAUGAAGCUACAUCUGCCGCACGACGCAGUCAAAGUGUUCGCUGAAAUGCCUCACCCAUACUUGCCCUCGCUUAAUGCUGCCAUCUCGGGAUCGGCGAGCAUCGGUCUUUGCAAGGAGGCUUUUGCGUUGUUUCGAGAGGUGGGUUUUGCUGGGUUCAGGCCCAAUUCAGUUACCGUGGCGAGUGUUCUGACUGCUUGCUACAGUCCGGAGCUGUGCCGCCAGGUGCAUAGCUGGGCGGUCAAGCUGGGCGUGGGCGGUGAUGUUUAUGUCGGGACGGCGUUGGUGACGGCGUAUUGCGGAUGUGGGGAGAUCGUCGUGGCUAGUAAAUUGUUUGGAGAGAUGCCGAACAAGAAUGUGGUGAGCUUUAACGCUUUUGUCUCUGGGCUUCUGGAUAAUGGGAUGCCCAGUUCGGUGUUGAACGUUUUUAAGGAUAUGAGGGAGAGCUCAAGUGAGAGGCCGAAUUCAGUUAUUCUGAUCUCCGUGCUUUCUGCCUGUUCUAGUCUUUUGUAUCUUCAGUUUGGGAAGCAAGUCCAUGGAUUCAUGGUGAAGACAAUGGAGACACUAGAUACUAAAGUGGGGACAACCCUUGUUGACAUGUAUUGCAAAUGUAGGUCCUGGAGGUGGGCAUAUGAUGUCUUUUGCGAACUGGAUAAUAGAACUAGGAACUUGGUCACGUGGAACUCGAUGAUUUCUGGUCUAAUGUUAAAUGGUCAAAGUGACACCGCUGCUAAAUUGUUUGGACUAUUAGAAUCCGAAGGGUUGGAACCCGAUUCAGUAACAUGGAACUCGGUGAUCAGUGGGUUUGCACAGUUGGAUAAGGCCAGUGAAGCUGUUCACUUCUUCAGAAAGACGCAAGCUUCUGGCACCAUCCCCAGUUUGAAGUCUGUUACAAGUCUACUGCGAGCUUGUGCAUCUCUCUCCUCCAUGCAGCAUGGGAAAGAGGUCCACGGGCAUGCUAUAAGAACUGAUAUUCAAAAUGAUGAAUUUCUGGCAACAGCAUUGAUUGACUUGUAUAUGAAAUGCGGCAGUGUUUCUUGGGCAAGGAAGAUCUUUGACGGAUUUUACCUGAAGCCUAGUGAUCCAGCAUUUUGGAAUGUCAUGAUAUCAGGGUAUGGAGCAAACGGGGAGAGUGAAUCAGGAUUCAAGAUUUUUUAUCAGAUGCUCAAGGAGAAGAUGAAGCCAAAUUCGGGUACUUUUACUGCUAUUUUGUCACUGUGCAGUCACACUGGUCAAGUUGACAAAGGAUGGCAGGUUUUCAAGAGCAUGACUAAUGAAUAUGGCUUGAUUCCCAAGCCAGAGCAUUUUGGUUGCAUGAUUGACCUUCUGGGUCGAAAUGGGAGGUUGGAUGAAGCUCGGAAGCUAAUGGAGAUUGUACCAGAGCAAUCCACUUCAGUCUUUGCCUCGUUGCUUGGUGCUUGUAGGCAUCACUUGCAUUCCGACUUGGGAGAACAAGUGGCUAUGAAGCUGACAGAGUUGGACCCAUCUGAUCCAACUCCUUUUGUGAUGCUUUCAAAUAUAUAUGCUGCUGGUGGAAGAUGGACAGAUGCAGAGAGAAUCAGAAUGAUGAUAAACGACAGAAGACUGAAAAAACUUCCUGGAUAUAGUUUGAUGGGAGUCGCAUAAGAACGAAAAUUACAUACAAUUGUCAGCUCACAACAUAGCUGGGACGUUACAUUCAGCUUCAACCAACCUAACGUUUAUAUAAAUUCUAUCAUCAAGGAGUGGCACAGAUAAUAAGAAAUGGGAGUUAGCAUG